AUGAUAGCCAUAUUGUUGUUGUGUACCAUCUGCAUCUCCUUCCUUUCCUCAGCUAACUCACGAGCGAUCGAAGAUGAUACCAUCAUCCUACGCCCAUGUGAGUCUACAUAUUUUAAUUUUUUAUAUAUAAUAUCAAAUUCGAUAGAAGCUAAAUCCAUUGAAUUUCAGACUAUAAACAAACACUGUGUGGAAAGAAAUGCUGCCCAAAAUCUUCUUACUGCUGUGGUAAAAAACUGUACUGUUGCUGGAAUUCCUCACCUGAAAUGGACCUGUAUUUUUCUACUGAAAAUUGUGUUGAAACCAAACAUUAAGGUACGCAAAAACCAACAUCGGACCAGAAUUGGAAGAUGUUUAUAG